AUGGAAUCCGACGGGCCGCCAAGCAGCCUCCGCGGGCCCUCGGACUCGACGACGUCGACGAAGCGGUCACAGAGCCGCGACUCCAAGGCCAGCCACUCGUCGAGCUCUCGGCGCAUGAGCUUCUUCGGCCGCCCCGGCGAGGUCGACGUGCUGCAUGACGCGGAGGUGUGCCAAUCUUUUGAGCUCACCGUCAUGGAGGAAGAGAGCAGCCGCGGCAACAUCACGUCGCUGCGGUCGGUCCUCGCCGAGGGCUUCAACCUGCGCGGCCUCACGCGGUCGGGCCUCGUCGUCGCCAUGUACGGCUUUCUCGUGACGCUGGCCACCUUCAUCGUCGCCUUCUCGGUCGUGUCAUUUGAAGGGCACGAGAUCAACCCGGGCCUCGUCAUGGGCGCAGCGCAAACGUUCCUCACCAACAGCGUCGUGAUCAUCACGUUCCACGGCGUGCACUCGUUCCAGCGCCACCCGAACCCGCUCCUGUACUACCGCGCGGUCAUGGACUUGCUCCUCUCGCUGCGCUUCCUCCUCGACCCGCUGUGGAUCUACUGGGACUUUUACGACGUCUCGCUGCCGCAGUCGUGCCAGUACCUCUCGGGCGUGACGGAAUUUCUCUUCAUCGCGGCCGACGCAUGGUUCUUCAUGCUCGCGCUCGACCUCAUGCUCUCGCUCAACAACCCGUUUGGAAGCGUCAAGCACAACCGUCGUCGGUACAUCAUCGGCGUCUACUCGUUCGCCAUCGUGCUCUCGUGCUUCAUGUCGUUCUUCCCCGAGCGCCUCUAUGGCAUCGCCGAGGGCAAGUUUUGCUGGACCCGCGCCAAGCGCUUCGAAACGGGCUAUGACCCUGCGACCAACUCGUUCUUCCAGUUCAACCUCUCGACGUGGUCGUCCUUCUUCAUUUGGAUGGUCAUCUUCUAUCUCUUCGCCUUCUACGUGCUCUUCAUGGGUCUCAAGCGGCUGCGCCACGGCAUCUCCAAGACCAUGGAAACGCGCAAGGGCAUGCUCCGCGACGGCGCGCUUAGUAUCAUUAGCUGGGCCGUCUACUGGACGAUUACCUUUACGGUCUACGCCGUCUCGUUCAGUGCGAACGCGCCGGUGAAGGACCUCCGCCCGUCGUCGCUCUUCAAGCUCUACUGCUACGUCGUCGCGGGCCGUGGCAUCGUCACGUAUUUUCUGUGGUUUAUGAUCAACCCCGCCGAGAAGAUCGUGCCAACCUGGCUCCAGUUCUCGCAGGCGUCGAUCGACAUCAACGUGAGCGCGCAGCUCAACACGUCGCUCCAGCAAGACUUGCUCGAGUACACGGUCAAGGGCAUGACCCGUGCGAUCGAAGAGGCCGACCUCGAGCACAAGUUGCCGUCGCGGCGCCCGACGGCGCAGGGCAGCACCGACGACCCGUCCACGGACCUCCGGCUCACGAUCGUGGCCAACGCGGUCCAAGCUUCGACGACGACGAAGAACCACAUUCAGUCGCCGGACGAGCGCAAGGCGCGCCGCCAGACCUUGUCGCAUGUCAAGUUUACGUCGUACCGCCCGAGUACUUUUGCGGCGCUUCGUGGGCACUUUGACGUCACGACCGAAGACUUUGUCAAGUCGUUCGAGGAAGCGACCAAGCCAAGCAUCAGCGAGGGUGCGAGCGGCGCGUUCCUCUUCUUUAGCAAGGACAUGCGGUUCAUUGUCAAGAGCAUGGUCAAAGCCGAGGCGCGGUUCCUCAUCAAAAUUGCGCCCGAGUACGUCGAGUACCUCAAGUCGGAGGAGAAGAGCGUGCUGACGCGCUUCUAUGGCUGCUUUCGGAUCACUUUGUACGGCAACGACUUUUACUUUGUCGUGAUGGAAAACCUCUUUGCGUCUUCGGGCCAAGAGAUCCACCAUCGCUACGAUAUCAAGGGCAGCUGGGUCAAUCGCAGCUACCAAAACCCGCGCGAAGGCACCAAGGUCAAGUGCCGCUACAGUUUUACUACACGUCGAUCGUCGCCAAGAAGCAGUCGUGUCCCAACAUGGCCGGCCCGCAUGAGCCCAACGUCGUGCUCAAGGACGACGAUCUGCGCACGCGCCUUCGCAUUGGCCGCGCGCCAGGCCGAGUGCUCUUUCGUCAGCUCCAAGCCGACUCGCUAUUUUUGUGCUCGCUUGGCAUCAUGGACUACUCGCUCUUGAUCGGCGUCGUCGACGUCGAGUACAAGGUGGACGUGGCCGCGUCGUCCACCGGCAACGACAGCAGCUCGUCGCUGCACGUGUGUGACACGAUCACGGGUCCUGGGUACUACUGCCUUGGCAUCAUCGACAUCUUGCAGACGUGGAACUUUGACAAGAAGCUCGAGCGCUUCAUGAAGACCUGGCUCAAGCGCAGCGACCCCGCGGGCAUCUCGGCGAUCGAGCCGGACACGUACCAGCGCCGGUUUGAGCAAAAGUGCCGCCAGAUCAUCAUGUUUGCCGACACGGACGUCGAUGACGACGACGACGUGGUCGCGAGCCACCACCCGCGCGACGCGCAGAACGCGUACCAGGUCAUGGCACUCUUCGCGAGCAACCAAGCGCUCAAGCCGAUCCCGAUGAUGGGCAGCUCCCCGAUGCUCUUCAAAACAAAGUCCGAGUCGCGUCAAGUCGACGUCAACAUGACGCCGCACCACACGGACGAGCCCGUGUGGCUCUAGGACCCCACACAACAAUACAUAUGAUUGCCUGCA